AUGAGCGCCCAGUUUCAGUUUUUGGAACAUGAGACCCAAUUCAAAGGUGUCAUCAGUAACGAAAUAAUAAGCUUUGGCUAUGGAACUGUCACAAUUUACAACAGCCAAAAUCAAGCUCUCGUCACUGUAACGGUUGAACAUCAAUGCUGUGAUGGAAAAGGUCCUCAGUACGUUGCAACGCACCACGCUCUUGGAGAAGUCAUUCGAACGAGCAUCAUCAAAUCGGAGAAGUGCUGUUUUUGCUGCAUGAAAGAAGCUGACUAUGGCGUUUUUGCAGGACAAGAACAUCUUGGAAGCUUGAGGCAAGCAGACUUCGUAGGGUCAGUGUUUGAUUCUGUUUUUAGAUAUCCAAGUAUGAGUCAAGGGUACGUCCACACUCCAACAGAAAUGCUGGAUCCAUCUGGAAACGUUUUCCUGAACUACCAUCAGUCGACGUCGACUGGGACAGGCUUCAUGGCCCAAAUGGCGCACUCCGAUCAAACGACUCAAACCAUGAUCAGCCAGGGCGGAAAUCACGUGGCGACGCUCGAUACUCACUAUCAGCUUGGUGUUUUUCAAGGUGAAAUGUCAGCGACGAUGUCUGUCUCUCCCCAACUUCCAGUUCCUGUCAAACUCUGCUUGAUGAUCAAUUUGGCAAUUGUACUUUUCGACAUGCGACAAGCUGAUCGAAACCGACACAGCGGCUGA